AUGGCCGCAGUGCCUCUCGCUUCUCCGUCAACGAGCUUGCUGGGGCAUCCCCGAAUCGACGAAAACGAUCCUGCUAGCGAGCACGGCUCUGAGGAAUGGUCGGCUGGACAGCUGGACAUGGUCCCUCCGCUUGCUGGGCAUGGCCCGCGAGCAGAAGAAUCUGGACAGGGACAGCAAAACGAACUCAGGGAGGCCCUGGAACACGAAGCCUGCGUAUCGUGCAAUUGGAGGUGGGCCAUCCAUCUUCUAGGCGAGUUCCUCCGGGACUCACCACCUUGGGAGUCGGAGGAGUUCUUCCGCAUGAGGGAGAACUUGCUGGACUUGGUCGUGAUGUCCUGUGGAGCGGCAGGGCGGUGGAGAAUGGCCUUGAGCAUCUUCAGCAACAUGAGGUUCGUCCAGGUGGUUCCUGGGCAGCUGGCCUAUCAACACGUUGUGAUCGCCUGUAGAGAGGCGGGGGCCUUCACGAUCGCCGAUCAGCUCUGCGAGGAGAUGCGCAUCUGCACCGGACAUGUCGAGCACGGCUUGUCCAUCAGUCCGGGCUUGGAGAAAAGCUACCUACGCAAGUGCGAAGAGGUGGGCGAUUGGCAAAGGGCACUGCAAGUGUUGGGCGAGAUGCAGUGGUGUGCGAAGGAGAUGGACGAGAUCGCAUGCGGCACCGCGGCUGCUGCCUGUGCAAAUGGGGCAGCUUGGGAGGCAGCUCUCGCGCUGCAGAGCAUAGAAGGGAGCCCCCGAUGCAUCGCAAUGGCCUCGCGGCUAUUUCGCGCACGGCUGCGGCUGCUGGAAGCCAAGGCGCAGCGGGGUCGGGGCAUUGCACGGAAUGCGCAGAUUCAUGCAGUGCAAGCACUAAGUCGACGAAACUGCUGGGACGAGGCUCUGCAUGUGGUGGAAGGCCUUGUAGGACACGCUGCCGCUCGGGUCCCGCGGGAGCCACUUGUCAUGCUGGGGCUCAGCCUUGCCAACGAGUCCCGGCAGUGGGAACGUGCUCUGCAUUUACAGGACCUGACCAACCGACACCACGGCGGAGGAGGCUGGGUCUCUGGGCCCCUCGCCGAGCUGCUCGUCGCAGUAGGGCGUUGGAAGCACGCAUUGCAGGUGACAGCCAACCUGGAUCUUCGAGUUCGGGCUGCAGCGGCAGGUCGACUCUGGCAGGCAGCUUAUCAUCUUGUCGGAGGCAUCGUGGAAAGCAUGCAGCAGCACAGAGUGUCAGGGUCAAGCAGACCCAUCCCUGUGUCGAGCCUGACAUCCGUGCUGCGGUUGCGCGACUCUUCAGCAGUUGGGUUGUCGCAGCAGGCGAUGAACAUGGCUGUCGAUGCAGCGGCACAGAAGCACCGCUGGCAGCAGGCGAUUCAGCUGCUUGAAGCAGCAAGGCUGCUGCAGAGGUCGGACAUCAUCACACUCAACACCUGCCUCACGGCUGCUCUACGUGCAGAGAGCUGGCAGCAAGCCUUGGCACUGCUUGCAGAUGGCCGUAGUGCCAGGCUGCCGCUGAGCAGCGUGACGCUGGGUGCUGGCCUUGAUGCUGCGCAGCGUGGUUCUGCAUGGCAGCUGGCACUUGGAAUGCUCAGCCAGGAAGGCGGGCUGGCAAAUGCCGUCGCCAUCAAUGCUGCAGCUGGAGCUGCAGCGACAGCUGCGUGUUGGGAGAUUGCACUGGGCCUCUUGCAAGAUCAUCACUUUCACCACAAUCGUCCAGACGUUGUGGCUUGCACCGUUGCCGUGGCAUCCUGCAGUGCGGCCUCGCGCUGGGAACAAGCCCUUUCGCUGCUGUCUUGGUACGGUGCGAGAGGAGUCCAGCCUGACGUGGUGAUGCUUCAGCAGAUCCAGUGCUCUUGUGAUGUCGGCAUGGUGCCUCUGGAUCCCGGACCGAUUCCGAUUCAGUACAAGACGAACUUACGGAGAGUUUCUUCGAGGCUCUUAUCUGAUGGAUAUGACUGGGCACAGCGCCGCCAGAAGGGGGCGAGUCUGGCAGUGGUGGCAGCCCAAGCUCUGGAGCAGUGGGCGGCCUUGUCCAGCGAGGACGCCCGCUGCGUGGCCCGUGUCCUCCGGCGCCCAGUCUUGGCCGUGCUGCAGAGGCUCCGAGGCGAUCCCGGGGCCCAAACCUCAGCGAGGCACUUGCCUCUGCGAGAUGUAUUCCUUGAGUCGCAGUCUACACUAGGCUCACCGAUGACAGCUGAAACCAUGCUGGAUCUUCAUCUUGUUUUCACAUCUCCUUCCAUGCUGCGAUGCCUCGCCCCCUCGCUCCUGACUGCCAGUCAAACGCUAAGGGCUAUGCUGCACACCGUCAAGGAGGGUGCUUGGUCCGAGCGUGAGCUGUGGCGUGCAGCAGUGGCACUCUUCGCCGCCCUUUGUGACAACGGCAUCGAACCAACAGUCGAGCAGGUGAACCUUGCCAUCGAGAUUUGCAAGGAGGCUCGUGCAAUUCGGCCGAUGUUCGAGAUGUACAAGUCUGCACGGAGGCUACCCAGCUUCCGUCCAGACUAUGGGACUUUCGAGAACCUGGCAAGUGGCGGUACGCUGGCACCCGGCCAAUACUGGUGGCACUGCCUUCUUUUCAUGGAGGAGGCCCAAGACCUGCUUCCUCGAAAGCAGCUGACGAGUUCCAUGACGAAGACCAUCAAGGCUUGCUCGGACGCAUCGGCAUGGGGAACUGCGCUUUUCCACCUUCGCCCUGCGAUGGACCUGGCAACGUCAACGGUCCCUGGCAGACAUGCCCAGCUGCCGGAGCUGCUGCGGGAGCGCCUUGAGGACCUUCGACUUGGCAACGCUCCCGAAAGAAGCGAAGGUGGCUACAAGGCCCGGGGCUGGGCCGAUCAAUGGGACUUCCAGCGUCAGGUGCCUGUGCGCCGUGUUGGCAAGCUCCGUAUGGCAGUCCCAGGUGUGCCUGUGCCAGCCUUCCAGGACAAGGUGGCAGAGUUUUUCCGUGCCUGUGCACAAGACAAGAUCGGAAAAUUGCCCGGCUUGUCUGAGAUGCUAGAGACAAGCUACAGGAACUUGUGGCAGCGAGGCUCGCGGCUGAAGGUGGAAAGCCAGGAGCUUCUGGGCCUGGAACGUCUCAGUUCGGUGCGCUCUGCGCUUCGAGAGGAGACUCUCCAGGCUUUCCGCCGACAUCGCUACAGGUCGCUGCUGGGGCUGCAGCUUCUUCGAGGCUUGCGCCGCCGCCGGGCCCUGGAAGCUUCCUUGCUUCUGCGUUCCGAUGUGCUUCUGGAAAAGCAGAGCGGCCUAGGCCUAGGCACGCCGGAGGCCUUGCAGCUUGUGAAGCUGAGCAGCGACGCCUCGAUCACCAUUCGACCGCACAGGAGAACUCGCCUGCGGCAGCGAUACAAGCGCGGGACUUCCAGGAUCUCGCGCUCCAGGAGAUGCCCCUCCACUGCUUGGAAGGGACGGCUUCAAGUACGCCGAGCAGAAAAAGAGGAAGGCGGUGGAGACUGUGCAGAAAUUAUUCAGGCCAAAGCAGCCUGGGUGAGCUAUCGCCUCCUGGUGGAUCGCAGCAGAUACCCUGAGUCGGAGGUUCCCCGGAAACGCCGAGCAGAGGAGAUUCAGCCUUUGUUGCCGGGCCAGAUCAUGACCGAGGAGGUCGUCUCUGCGGGCCGGCACAUGGGAGAGGGUGGCGGCGGCUCUAGCAUGUACCUGCCCUCCAUGAAGAUUCUGCUCGAUCGUGCCGAACAUGCAGAGCGCGUGGCCUUGGCCUCGGUGCUCAACCGUCUUGGCGAUGCCAAGAAGAUUCGGGGGGUCGUACGACUCUACACAUCGGCUGCCCUUUGCAUCUCAUGCCUGGCGGCUUUCUGCCACUGCAAACGACUCCUCACGUCGCUGUUUUUCGAGAUCAGCUGUGACUCCGCCGAUGAGUCGCAACGCUGGUCGGACACAGCGGCGGGUGGAGAAGAAUCGCUGGACAAGUUUCGGACCAGUGGCUUCGCCAGUGCUUUUGUCUCCAAAAUGCACGUGAUCUCCCACAUUGCCCUGGCAGGCAGGAAUCCAGGAAGGCAGGUAGACCGAGGUCGCUUUGGAGUCUGCUUGUGGUGGCGGGUGCAUUGGCGCUGCCCUCGCUUUCGCCUGGCAAGCUUGGAAGACCCGGCGGAGCAACGGGAUGGCCGAUCACUCGCCGCCGCCCUUGGCCUCGCCUGCCACGAAGUAUAUGACAUCUCCCAGCCGGCAUGUCCAUCGAGAGUCGCAGCCGAGCUACAGCCCGACGAGCAAGGUGUCAGCCGAAGCCCAUGGCUCAGUUUGAGUCUGCCGACGGUGACGAGCGCGUCCCUGACAACGACGGAGGCGGAUUUGUCCAAGCUGCCGAAGAUUGGACAGGGCAUGGACAAGAGCGAGUUCUUGGACCUGCUGAAAAAGCUCAUCGGAGAAUCCAAGCAUCUGCAGAACAACCCGCGUCUGGGCAUCCAUCCGGAGGAGAAGCGGGCAGCAGCUGUCGUCAUCAAAGAGCUGGAGGCAGUCUCCACCCGUGCUGGUGGUCCCCUGAUCCUGGAGGAGCUGGAGUAUGUUCCUGGCAGAUCCAACCUCAAGGUGACCUACCCGGGUUCCGGCAAGGAAACAACGGCCUUCGUGGGCAGCCACUUCGAUGUGGUCCCUGCAGAUCCGGAGGCGUGGUCCAAGGACCCCUUUCAGCUGACCGUAGAGGGCGACCUGCUCUAUGGCAGAGGAACCACCGACUGCCUAGGCCACGUCGCGCUUCUGACCCUCUUCCUCCGCGAGCUUGGUCGCACGAAGCCAGCAUUGAAGCGAAGCAUCGUGGUGGUCUUCAUUGCUGCUGAAGAGGGCGGCGAGAAGAAUAUUGGAGUGGAUGCAGUGCUGAAGAACGGCAAGUUGGAGGAGGCCAAGAACGGCCCGGUAUACUGGGUCGACUCCGCAGAUUCCAACCCUUGCUGCGGCACUUCGGGAGCACUGUCCUGGUCACUGAAGUGUCGAGGGCGCUUGUUCCAUAGCGGCUUCCCAAACAAGGCCAUCAAUUCCAUUGAGCUUGCCAAUGAGGCCAUCGCGUUCAUCCAAGAACGUUUCUACAAUGACUUCAAGCCACUUCCCGAGGAGGAGCUUUACUCCUUCGGUAUGGGGUCUCACAUGAAGCCGACUCAGAUCGAGUGCAGCAAGGGCUCCUUCAACCAAAUCCCCGCAGAGACCACGGUCCACGGCGAUAUCAGGCUCGGCGUCAUCUGA